AUGAGGAAUUGGACUGUUAAGGGGAGAUUUGUCAACAUUUUUCUUCCUGGGCAUGGGAAAUACCUCACUUUGUGUGAAGUUAAGGUAUUUGCAGUAAAGGAGACAUCAGAGUGCUCUUGUGAUUCAAAGAAUCUCGCUGUUGGAGCUGAAGCUGUCCAGUCUUCCACAUACAAUCAUUUAGGAGCUGCUCAAAAUGCUGUUGAUGGCAAUAGUGAGUCAAAUUACAUGCUCGGGUCCUGCACUCACACUGCAGGGGACGAUCCCUGGUGGAGAGUUGACUUGAAGAAAGUGCACAAGGUAACCAGUGUUAGUAUCACUAAUCGAGGAGACUGUUGUGAAGAGAGGAUAGUUGGUGCUCAGAUCCGUAUCGGCAACAGCCUGGAAAAUAAUGGCAACAUAAAGGAGACAUCAGAGUGCUCUUGUGAUUCAAAGAAUCUCGCUGUUGGAGCUGAAGCUGUCCAGUCUUCCACAUACAAUCAUUUAGGAGCUGCUCAAAAUGCUGUUGAUGGCAAUAGUGAGUCAAAUUACAUGCUCGGGUCCUGCACUCACACUGCAGGGGACGAUCCCUGGUGGAGAGUUGACUUGAAGAAAGUGCACAAGGUAACCAGUGUUAGUAUCACUAAUCGAGGAGACUGUUGUGAAGAGAGGAUAGUUGGUGCUCAGAUCCGUAUCGGCAACAGCCUGGAAAAUAAUGGCAACAGCAAUGAUCUGGCUGCAACUGUUGGGUUCAUCCAGUCUGGAGGCACAAAAACAUUUUAUUUUAAGCCUGUUAAGGGGAGAUUUGUCAACAUUUUCCUGCCUGGGCACGGGAAAUACCUCACUUUGUGUGAAGUUAAGGUAUUUGCAGUAAAUGAGACAUCAGAGUGCUCUUGUGAUUCAAAGAAUCUCGCUGUUGGAGCUGAAGCUGUCCAGUCUUCCACAUACAAUCAUUUAGGAGCUGCUCAAAAUGCUGUUGAUGGCAAUAGUGAGUCAAAUUACAUGCUCGGGUCCUGCACUCACACUGCAGGGGACGAUCCCUGGUGGAGAGUUGACUUGAAGGAAGUGCACAAGGUAACCAGUGUUAGUAUCACUAAUCGAGGAGACUGUUGUGAAGAGAGGAUAGUUGGUGCUCAGAUCCGUAUCGGCAACAGCCUGGAAAAUAAUGGCAACAGCAAUGAUCCGGUUACAACUAUUGGGUUCAUCCCAUCUGGAGGCACAAAAACAUUUGAUUUUAAGCCUGUUAAGGGGAGAUAUGUCAACAUUUUUCUACCUGGGACCAAUAAAUACCUCACUCUGUGUGAAGUCGAGGUGUUUGCAGAUUAAGUGCAACAAGAUGAAGUUACACCUCAGUCCACUCAUCCCUGAAGCAAAAAAAAAUGGGACAAGCAUUUCUAAGAUGUACUAAUAUUGCACUUAUUUCAUUCUUCUGCUUUUUUAACGCAUAUUUUAUCCUUAAGAGCUGUUUCAAUGCAACUUAUAGUAAAGGUUUUUUAAAUGCCUUAAGAAAAUGUGCUGUAUGCGAAAAAUGUUACACUAUGUUGAGUCACUAAAAAUGUUUUUACAUGUGGUCUUUUGGAUAAAUUGCCUAGACUAGUCUUAAAAAUUUUGUCAUCUAAUUUGUUUUCUUAAAGACUGGUCAAAACUUUUAAAAGUCAAUUACAAAAUGGUAGAUUGGCCCAAUUUGAAUCAUAAAAGUAAAACUAAUUAGCUCUUGGCUAACUGCUAGUUGGUCAAACUAGUUCUUAAGAGUCUUAACGGCUAUGUUUAUGCAACUGACCAAUGGUUUUAAGGAACUGGUGAUUGAGAGUAACUGUUAUCCAUUAUACUUUUGUUAGGCUACUUGUUGCAGAAUAAUACCCUAAACACAUCUCAUCUUUAUUUAUCUUUGCUUUCUACAUGAAUAAUAAAGAAUGGC